GUUUUGUAUCGUCCUGUCAGGUACUUCGGGGCCAUUACGUGAAAAACUACAUUGCUGAAGAAAAAUGCCUUCCUUGGGAGGAAAAGUGCAGACUGUCUUGGGCCUCGUUGACCCGGACCAGCUUGGCUACACRCUGACUCAUGAGCACCUGAGUAUGAACUACAGCAGCUGCUACGUGCCCCCGCCUCCAGGCCAAGAACCUCUGUCCGAGGGGCCCAUCGAGAUGAAGAACYUGUUUUGGAUUAAGCAGCAUCCCUACAGCCAUAAAGAAAACCUGCUUUUGUCUCAGGAAACUGCUGCCAUAAAGGAGGAGCUGUUGCUCUUUAAAGCAGCAGGUGGUGGGACCAUAGUGGAAAACACCACAGUGGGAAUUGAUCGGGAUGUGAAUACCCUGAAGAAACUUGCUGAAGAAACUGGAGUCCAUAUUAUUGCUGGGGCAGGUUUCUAUGUGGAUUCCACUCACUCUUCUCAUACGCAGGCCAUGACAGUGGAGCAGCUUACAGGCACUAUCGUGGACGAGAUUCUCCGUGGAGCGGACGGGACGGGCGUCAAGUGYGGCCUGGUGGGGGAGAUCGGCUGCUCGUGGCCCCUCACGGCGAGCGAGCAGCGGGUGCUGCGGGCGGCGGCGGCGGCGCAGGCGCAGCUCGGCUGCCCUCUCCUCAUCCACCCGGGCAGGAACAGCGACGCCCCUGCCCACAUCGUCCGCAUCCUGCAGGAAGCCGGCGCCGACGUCUCCAAAACCGUCAUGGGCCACCUGGACAGGACUUUCUUUGAUACAAAGAAACUUCUGGACUUUGCUGAACUUGGAUGCUACUUGGAGUACGACCUGUUUGGUGUAGAAUUUCUCCACUACCAGUUCCAGCCUUCUGUGGACAUGCCGAGUGACAAUGAAAGAAUUGCAAGGAUCCGGACGCUGAUCGAUGAAGGCUACGAAGACAGGAUUUUGAUGGCUCAUGACGUGCACACGAAGCACAGGUUGAUGAAAUAUGGUGGUCAUGGGUAUUCUCAUAUCCUAAAAAAUAUAGUUCCUAAGAUGCUACUUAGAGGCAUAUCCCAAAGUCAAAUUGAUAAAAUACUCCGGGAAAAUCCAAAGCGAUGGUUGACUUUUAAGGAGCGAUAAUGAAUAAAUAUUUCUAAUUUUGAGUGACGCUUGAUAAAAUUUAUAUUUGUUUCAGGAGAGCAGUCAUUUUAAAACCUGGUUCUCUUGAGAUAAACUAUGAGAUAUUAGUAAGAUACCAACCAUCUGAUCAUGACUUCCUUUUCUAAUUAGCAUAACAAAAUUACAUAUUCUGUCUACAUUUUCUCUCUUUUAAAAUUCUGUUCCUGAAUGAAUUACUGGAUAUGAGCCCACCUGCAAAAUCUUUUCAAUGGAAUUAGUAAAAUAACUGUUUCCAGGGAGUAACCUAAUUCUGUUGUUAUAUGUUAUCCAAAAAUAUUUUUGAUGAUGUAUCAUCUGUGCUUUGGAGGAAAUUUAGUGUUUUCAAUUAAAUUCUCCUCCUUCUGGCGAUGAUUUUAAUCCUUGUAAUAUUGCUAAUCUGCUGAUCAUGUUCAUAUCCUUUUAAGUAAUGCUUAAUAAAGAGUGUGGCACUUCU